AUGGCGGGUCUUUUGAAUGGAUUAGCGGGCGGUGUUGGAGAUGUUCUUGGGGGCCUGGUGACGCCCGUGGUCGGCGGCCUGCUCGGGGGAGUAGCCGAGGAGACAACUUCAUCGGAAUCGUUGUUGGAACCAGUGGCGACCGAGGCACCAACGACGAGUAUAACGAGCCCUCCUCCUCCUCCUCCUCCGCCGCCAGCGGCCACGACGUUCCCGGCUGAUGCGCCAUCGACAACUCUACUCGCAGCGCUUGCACCAGGAGAAUCACCAGGCCCGCUCCUGUCGCUGUCUCUCCGGCCGCUUCUUCCCAUAUCACUCUCGCCCCCUCAGUUGCUUAACCCAGGUGUGGCGCCCACGAUAUUGAGUUCAUUGCUCGGCGCUCCACCACCACCACCACCACCACCCGCUGAGGCCAUUCCGACGACAUCCGAGCCCGUCGCAGCUGCGGGGCCGCCUUCUGCUGCGGAAGCGACUUCGACGUCUCAGCCGGGUGUGAUCCUGGUUUCCUUGCCCACCCCACCAUCCUCGUCCCGGCAAUCUUCGACAUCUCUCCUCGACGCCAUUGUUUCGUCCAUCACGACCCCCUCAGAGGCACCCUCAGAGGCCCCCGCAGUUGCCACAGGCGAGCCCGAGCCCACACCCGUCACUUCCGAUAUCACCGAGACAGUAGUGCCGGUCAAUACAGGGACAGCCGUCGACGUCAACACGCCGGCUGGCGCUUCCAGUUCCAACAGCGUGGAGGCCUCGGCGCCUGCCUCGAAGGUCAAUCUCAUGGCCGUGGCCAUCACCGUGCCAGUCGUUGCCGUCGCGCUGAUCGGCAUCGGUCUCUUCCUGUGGCGGAAGAACAGGGGAGGAUUCAGACGCCGGGACAGCGCGAUGCUGGAUGACUCGGAGAUCGAGUCGUGGAAGAAGUCGCAGAACGACGACAAGUUCGACCCCGCCAGGAACUACUGA